AUGGGGUUCUUUGUACCAAAUCACAGCAUUGACAAUCUGAAACUCUACAAAUAUCAGAGUGAGGAUCGUUCCAUUCUUUCCAAUUACGUAUUGAAACCGUUUUGGAGGAAGUUCUCCGAGAUAUUCCCGCUAUGGAUGGCCCCAAAUCUGGUCACGUUGAGCGGGCUGGCGUUUAUUAUUGCCAACGUUUUGACGGUACUAUACUUCGAUCCAACUUUAACACAGGAGUCCCCACGUUGGACCUACUUUUCAUACGCUCUUGGACUAUUUUUAUACCAAACUUUUGACGCCUGCGAUGGGAUGCACGCCAGGCGUACGGGUCAGUCGGGCCCUCUCGGUGAGCUGUUUGACCACUGCAUCGACUCGCUGAACACCACUUUGUCGCUUUUGCCCUUUUGGUCGGCGAUAGGUAUGGGUUACAACUACUUCUUCUUGGUGAGCCAGUGUAUUUGUUUGACCAACUUCUAUUUGAGCACCUGGGAGGAAUUCCAUACACACAAGCUAUUUCUGAGUGAAUUCUGUGGCCCCGUGGAGGGAGUGAUUAUUCUUUGCUUCUCGUUCUUGGUUACUGGGAUUUGGGGGCAACAAUUAGUAUGGCAUACCACUCUUUUCGAGAUCAAUGGGAUCGAGAUUGAAGUAAUUCACUUAACCUUCCUGUUUAUGGUAAGUGCAGUUAUUUUGAACAUUGUCACCGCUUUAAAGAACGUGAAGGAUUAUUACGUUUCACAAUCCGGAAAGGAUGAAUCGCAGGUCAAGAAAGAGAUAGCCGGUGCAAUGGACGGGCUGAUGCCAUUUGCAGUGUACUUCAUUUCCGUUUUCAACCUCGCGGCGGUCGAUAUCCGCUUUAUAAAUUUACCCCUGGUCUUGUCAAUUGGGUUAACAAUGGCGUUCGUAGUGGGUCGCAUUAUCGUAGCCCAUUUGACAAAACAGCCGUUCCCCAUGUUCAAUGCUCCCAUGGCCAUCCCAUCUAUCCAGCUGGUCGUCUACCUUGUGGCCAGAUACAUAUUAAAGUACGACUCUGUGGAGAUAACCAAGGCACUGACGUGGCUGGGCUGUGGUGUCGCAGGAGGGAUCCACUUCAUGUUCAUCAACGAAAUUGUUUUCGAGUUCACCACCUUCCUGGAUUGCUACGCGCUUUCUAUCAAACACCCAAAGAAAGUGUGA